CGGCGCCGCUUCGCCUCCAGCCAAUCAGCUUCCGGAGGAGAGGGUUUAACUCCUGUUUCAAAGGAGAACCUUUGAAUUGUAACGGCUGAGCUCCUGGAAUCGCUUGGAGUCUUCGCUGGAGACGCGAUCCUGCCCCGGGGUGACAUGGACAGAUGUAAAGAAAACUGUGUUUCCAGGCCUGUUAAGACCACAGGUCCCUUUGGUCCAAAACGAGUGUUGGUGACAGAGCAGAUUCCUGCUAGCAGUGGCCAGGCCCAGCGUGUCCUAUGUCCUUCCAACUCCUCCCACCGUGUCCCUUCACAAGCACAGAAAGCUGUCUCAGGUCAGAAGCCAGUGCCAAAGCAGUUGCCAGCUGUCAGCGUUCCUCGGCCAGUAUCCCAGCUUAGUGACCCCCAGAAGAGUGAGCAGGCAUCACCUGCGGACUCUGGAAAUAAUUCUGAAAACGAUCGGGCAUCAAAGCAGAAAACAGAAGACUCAAAAAAGAGGCAGUGGACUCUGGAAGACUUUGACAUUGGCCGCCCACUGGGUAAAGGAAAGUUUGGAAAUGUCUAUUUGGCAAGGGAGAAGCAAAGCAAGUUCAUUCUGGCCCUGAAGGUGCUGUUUAAAACGCAGCUGGAGAAGGCUGGGGUAGAACACCAGCUUCGACGGGAGGUGGAGAUACAGUCCCACCUUCGGCACCCCAACAUCCUCAGGCUGUAUGGCUAUUUCCAUGACGCCACCAGAGUUUAUCUGAUUCUAGAAUACGCGCCUCUCGGGACUGUCUAUAGAGAGCUCCAGAAACUCUCCAAGUUUGACGAGCAGAGGACAGCUACAUACAUCACGGAGUUGGCAAACGCUCUAUCGUACUGUCAUUCAAAGAGAGUCAUUCACAGAGACAUUAAGCCAGAGAACCUGCUUCUUGGGCCAAAUGGGGAGUUGAAGAUCGCAGACUUUGGGUGGUCUGUGCAUGCUCCAUCUUCCAGGAGAACCACACUGUGUGGCACCCUGGACUACCUGCCGCCCGAGAUGAUUGAAGGCCGGAUGCAUGAUGAGAAGGUGGACCUCUGGAGCCUGGGUGUCCUGUGCUAUGAGUUCCUGGUUGGGAUGCCUCCUUUCGAGGCACACACCCACCAGGAGACCUACAGAAGGAUAUCACGGGUUGAGUUCACAUUCCCUGACUUUGUGACUGAGGGAGCCAGGGACCUCAUUUCAAGACUGUUAAAGCACAACUCAAGUCAGAGGCUAACACUAGCAGAAGUCCUUGAGCAUCCCUGGGUCAAAGCUAAUUCCUCAAAACCUUCGGCUGGCCAAAAAAGCAAAGAGCUAACUAGUACAUCAUCUUAGGGAAUCUGGAACCCUGGCCUCUGUGCAGCUGUGAGAAACGCCCCAUCAAGAGAGACCUGGGGACCAUCAUCGUUGCCCUCAGAACACCCUGCGGAGCAGCCAGUCCCUGGCCGUGCAUCCAGGAGGUCCCACCUGACCAUGCGACAUUGCCCAAGCCCCAUGAACCAUGCUGCUUUUCCUGGUUCAGCAAUCUGGAGGGAAGACUCACUGCAGCAGUCUCUGUGGUUUAUGUCCCCAAGAUGUCCUUGUGGGGGUCUCACUGGGAAAGUUACCACUCUUCCUCACCUCCCCAGUGACCACCUGUAUCUAGCCUUCAAGUGCCUGAGUGUGUGUGUAACUUAUUGGGUCGCCAGGCCUGGGAACGCUGUUGGAAUGAGUAUGUAGUUUUCUUUUAAAUGUUAAAAUAAAGAUUUGUAUUUCCUUCCUUGUAAGUGGCACCCCUUCAGAAAACUUGUUUUCAGUCUCUGUAAGCCUUUAUGGGAUUCCGUUCCUCAGCCACCACACCAGGGCCUGUGCUCCACCUGCCCUGGACCUGACUCGGGUGUUUCUGAUGUUAAGGGCUGUUUAUGUUGUGUCGUGUAUGCAAACUUGUUAAAUAUAUAAAUAUGUGUAUAACAUC